AUGUCGUCGAAGCCGAUUCACGAGAUCGAUGCGAAACUCUUGAUCAACUACUGGCUGCCCCGUGCGCCGGAUGCACACGAAAAAGCAAAAGCGUCUGCAGCGUUUGUUGCGCCGACCGCGCGCGCUGUGCAAGUUGCGUGGGAUGCAGACACCAACACCCUCACGUUUCCCGAUACGCUGCCGUCCUGGGUCCACACGACCAAACUUGUGGUCAAGCCCGACCAAUUGAUUAAGCGGAGAGGCAAGGCGGGCUUGCUCAAGCUCGACGCUGACUGGAAUGACGCGCAAGCGUGGAUUGCGGCGCGGGCGGGCAAGGCGCAGCAGGUCGAGUCUGUCACGGGCACACUGAACAAUUUCAUCGUGGAGCCCUUUUGCCCCCACGGUGCGGACGAGGAGUUUUAUGUGUGCAUCAACUCUGCGCGCGAGGGCGAUUAUCUUCUCUUUACCCAUGAGGGCGGUGUGGACGUCGGCGAUGUGGACACCAAAGCCAAGAAGCUGCUCAUCCCCGCGAACCCCGAGUUGCCCUUUCCGGACCGCGCGACAUGGGUGGAUACGCUGCUCCCUGAUGUUUCUGCGGACAAGAAAGACGCACUGACCGACUUUUUGAUGCGUCUGUACAGCGUCUAUGUCGACCUGCACUUUGCCUACCUCGAGAUCAACCCGCUGGUGAUGACCAAGGAAAAAAAUAUUUACUACCUGGACAUGGCCGCAAAGCUCGACCAGACAGCCGACUUUAUUUGCGGCCCCAAGUGGGCGAUUGCGCGCGAUCCGAGCGUGUACAACGACAAGCUUGCGCAGGGCGCCGUCCGCGGCGAAGACCGCGGCCCCCCCAUGGUUUGGCCGCCGCCGUUUGGCCGCGACCUCACGCCCGAGGAGGCGUACAUUGCGAAGCUUGAUGCCGGCACCGGAGCCUCGCUGAAACUCACCGUGCUCAAUCCCGCCGGGCGUAUCUGGACCAUGGUCGCGGGCGGCGGCGCCUCGGUCGUGUACAGCGACGCGAUUGCCGCCCACGGCUAUGCGAACGAGCUCGCCAACUAUGGCGAGUACUCUGGCGCGCCGACCGAGACGCAGACGUUUGAGUAUGCCAAGACCGUGCUCGACCUCAUCACCCGCGGCGAGCCGCAUCCCGACGGUAAGACGCUUAUCAUUGGCGGCGGCAUUGCGAAUUUCACCAACGUGGCCGCGACGUUCAAAGGCAUCAUCCGCGCGCUCAAGCAGUACCAGCUUGCGCUUGCGCAGCACAGCGUGCGUAUCUUUGUGCGCCGCGGCGGCCCCAACUACCAAGAAGGGCUGCGUGCAAUGCGCCUCCUCGGCGACGACCUCGGCGUCCAGAUCAAAGUCUUUGGCCCCGAGACGCACAUUACCGACAUUGUCCCUCUCGCGCUCGGCCUCAAAACCGAGGCGCAGAUUGAGCAGGACAGCAAGCCGCCUCUUAUCUCCCAGCCAGAGCCUGUCUCCGCGAACGAGACUGCCGACGUGGUGGAGGAGCGUGUGGGUGCGGUGAAUCCCCACACGGGCGAGCGCGUCCAGCCGCAGGACCAGAUUGUGCAGUUUGACACUGCCGCGGGCCCCGACAAGCGCCCAUGGUACUUGCCCUUUGACGAAAACACGCGCGCGCUCAUUUAUGGACUGCAGCCGCGCGCCAUCCAGGGCAUGCUCGACUUUGACUUUUCCUGCGGCCGUGCGGUACCGUCGGUCGCCGCGAUGAUCUACCCCUUUGGCGGGCACCAUAUUCAGAAAUUCUACUGGGGCACCAAGGAAACGCUCUUGCCCGUCUACACCAGCGUCGCGGAGGCCGCUGCCAAGCACCGCGACGCGGACGUCGUCGUAAACUUUGCCUCGAGCCGCUCGGUCUACGCGUCUACCCUCGAGGUGCUGCGCAUUCCCCAGAUUCGCGCGCUUGCGCUCAUUGCCGAGGGCGUGCCCGAGCGCCACGCGCGAGAGAUUUUGUGGCGCGCGCAGCAUGCCAAUGUUUUGGUGAUUGGCCCCGCCACGGUCGGUGGGAUCAAGCCGGGCUGCUUCCGUAUCGGCAACUCGGGCGGGAUGAUGGACAACAUUGUGGCCUCCAAGCUAUACCGCCCCGGGUCGGUCGGCUACGUGUCCAAGUCUGGCGGCAUGUCCAACGAGCUGAACAAUAUCUUGUCGAUCAACAGCAACGGCACGUACGAGGGUGUGGCGAUUGGCGGUGAUCGCUACCCCGCCACCACAUUCUUGGACCACCUGCUGCGCUACGAAAAGGACGUGAACUGCAAGAUGCUUUUGCUUCUUGGCGAGGUCGGCGGCGUGGAGGAGUACCGCGUCAUUGACGCGGUCAAGCAAGGGCGCAUCACCAAGCCCAUUGUCGCCUGGGCGAUUGGCACCUGCGCCGAUAUGUUUGCCACCGAAGUCCAGUUUGGCCACGCGGGCUCCAUGGCAAACAGCACGGCGGAAACGGCCGUGGCGAAGAACGCGGCGAUGCGCGCGGCUGGAUUCAUUGUGCCCGACACGUUUGAAGACCUGCCCAAGGCCGUGCGCGAAACGUACGAGCGUCUUGUACGCGACUCGACCAUUGUGCCCAAGCCAGAGCGCCCGCCGCCAGCGAUCCCGAUGGACUACAAGUGGGCGCAGGAGCUUGGGCUGGUGCGCAAGCCCGCCGCAUUCAUCUCGACCAUCUCGGAUGAGCGCGGCGCUGAGCUCAUGUACUCGGGCGUAAAGAUCUCGGACGUGUUUGACUCGGAGAUGGGCAUUGGCGGCGUCGUUUCCUUGCUCUGGUUCAAGCGCCCGUUGCCGCCCGUGUGUACCAAGUUUAUCGAGAUGGCACUUAUGCUCACUGCCGACCACGGCCCCGCGGUGAGUGGCGCAAUGAACACCAUCAUUACCUCGCGUGCGGGCAAAGACCUCAUCUCUUCGCUCGUUGCCGGUCUCUUGACCAUUGGCGACCGCUUCGGCGGCGCCUUGGACAAUGCAGCGCGCGAGUUUGCCGCGGCGUACGACUGCGGCCUCACUCCGCGCGAGUUUGUCGACGCUAUGCGCAAAGCCAAUAAACUCAUUCCGGGCAUUGGCCACCGCAUCAAGAGUGUGUCGAAUCCCGACUACCGCGUGCAAGUGGUGAAAGACUACGUGAUGACAAACUUUGAGUCGCACAAGAUGCUCGACUAUGCACUGGCCGUCGAGCGCGUCACCACCGCAAAGAAGGAGACCUUGAUUCUGAACGUGGAUGGGUGCAUUGCCGUCUGCUUUGUCGAUCUCUUGCGUGAGAGCGGCGCAUUUACCCGCGAGGAGGCUGACGAGUACAUGCAAAUCGGCGUGCUCAACGGACUCUUUACCCUCGGCAGAACGGUGGGCUUCAUUGGCCACCAUCUCGACCAAAAGCGCCUCAAGACGCCGCUGUACCGCCACCCCGCCGACGACUUCCACAUUGAGAUGUCGACGCCGUCGCGCAUUGUGGGCAACUUGAAUCCGUAG